GUCCGAACCGAAAGCGCCUGCGCGGGAUUGGCUCGGGCGGGCAGCAUGGCGUUCAGGAAGGCGCUGCAGCUGGCGGUGUGUGGCCUGGCCGGAGGCUCAGCAGCUGUACUUUUCUCGGCUGUGGCGGUGGGCAAGCCUCGCGCGGGCGGUGACGCGGAGACUCGCGUGGUCGAGCCGCCGGCGUGGGCGGGGGCCGCGCGCCCCGGUCCCGGCGUCUGGGACUCCAAUUGGGAUAAGCGAGAACCACUGUCCCUGGUCAACCUGCGGAAGAGGAACCUGGAAUCUGGAGAAGAACUGGCAUCCAGGCUGGACCACUACAAAGCCAAAGCCACACGGCAUAUCUUCCUCAUCAGGCACUCCCAGUACCACACAGAUGCCUCCCUGGCAAAGGACCGCACUCUGACGCCCCUGGGUCGUGAACAGGCUGAACUAACUGGUCUCCGACUUGCAAGCUUGGGGUUAAAGUUUAAUAAAAUUGUCCAUUCCUCCAUGACCCGUGCAGUAGAAACCACUGACAUCAUUAGCAAACACCUGCCAGGGGUCUGCAAGGUCAGCACAGACCUGCUGAGGGAAGGUGCCCCCAUCGAGCCUGACCCGCCUGUGUCCGACUGGAAGCCCGAAGCUGUGCAGUAUUACGAAGAUGGAGCCCGGAUUGAGGCCGCCUUCCGGAACUAUAUCCACCGGGCGGACACCAAGCAGCAGGAGGACAGUUACGAGAUCUUCAUCUGCCACGCCAAUGUCAUCCGCUACAUCGUGUGUCGGGCACUGCAGUUUCCUCCAGAAGGCUGGCUUCGCCUCUCCCUCAACAACGGCAGCAUCACCCACCUGGUGGUCCGGCCCGAUGGCCGAGUGGCGCUCAGGACCCUUGGGGACACGGGGUUCAUGCCUCCUGACAAAAUCUCCCGCUCCUGAGGGCUGCCUCAAGGACCAGCUCUCUGCAGCACCCUGCCCGGCUCUGGCCGGGGUGCCACCAACAACGUGGGCUCGCUCCUUCACGGUCUUCUCUGCACGGCUUGCACCGUGGUCCUUCCAUCUUUCUGGGACAAGGUGACAAAAAAGCCCGUGUCUGAAAUGCCAGCAUCUCAGCACCUGUGCCUGGACCAGGAUGGAAGAGACGUUCAGGUCAGAUCAGCCUGCUUUCUCCGAAGGUUUUCUACUGACUCAUCACUUUUGAUGUCACAGAUGCCAGCACUGUGGAGACCACAGCAAAUCUGCACUGACAGGUCUUAGGGUCAUGACCACAGCUGGCUGGCUACCCUCCCAGGCUCAUCAGCAGAGCCGAGGGGCUCAGAAGGAGGGCACCAGCGCUUCCAUUUGUAACUUACCUUGCUUCACGUAUUCUUUCCAAAUCUUUAAACCCUUUGCCAUUUAAAAUUUUUGUCAAUUGGAGAUUGUCCUCAUCUGAGCUCUUGCUUUGAAAACCAAUUUUGUGCUCCAGUGUUAGGCACCUCUGGAGCUGCACACAGGGCACCUGGGCAAAUGCAGCAGGUUAAGUGGCCUGUUGUUCUGGGACAGGGGCAGCCCAGGAGGGUCCUGUUCCAGUAAGAUAGCUGACAGCUUGAUCAUUGCCUCUGGCUAUUUGUCUUUUGUGAUUCUGUAUUAAAUUAUUUAGACAUGAUAUGUCCAUCCCAAAUAUUGUUUAGAAAAAUCAGUAGUUUCUGUGAUUGUUAUGAACAUUUUCUUUGAAUUAGUGCAACCAACUAAUUGGGGUGUUUGAUCCAUUUCUGUGUCAAUUUUGAAAAGAACUACAAAAUAAAAUUUUAUGUUCCUGA